AAAGGGGGAAAAAAGAAAAAGAAAAAGAAAAAGAAAAGAAAAAACUUCAUUCGUUUUGAGUUUUGACCUCUUGCAAGUUGCAAACUGUUGCAAGUUCUGCAAGUGUUAGAAGAAGUGUGAGAAAAUAGUUGAAGGAAAGCUUGACCUGGUUCUACACUACGAUCCAUCAAUGGAAGAGAAAGUAGUUGCUGUGAUCUUAGUUGGUGGACCAACCGAAGGAACUACAUUUCGACCUUUAUCAUUCAAUACUCAAAAACCCUUGUUUCCUAUUGCUGGUCAUCCUAUGAUCCACCAUCAAAUUUCUGCUUGCAAAACUAUACCGAAUUUGGUUCAAAUCUUCCUCAUUGGAUUAUAUGAAGAGCGUGAUUUUGCUUUGUAUGUGUCUUCAAUCUCAAAUGAGCUUAAAGUCCCGGUUAGGUAUUUGAAAGAAGACAAACCACAUGGGUCUGCAGGUGGACUUUAUCACUUCCGGGAUUUGAUCAUGGAAGAUGAUCCGUCGCACAUUUUUCUUCUGAAUUUUGAUGUCUGCUGCAGUUUCCCUCUAGCAAAUAUGCUUGAUGCCCAUAGAAGAUAUGGUGGCAUGGGCACGUUACUAGUAAUUAAGGUUUCUGCUGAGUCAGCCAACCUGUUUGGUGAAUUGGUUGCCGAUUCAGAUACAAAAGAGUUACUGCACUACACAGAAAAGCCAGAGACAUUUGUUAGCGAUUUGAUAAAUUGUGGCAUAUAUGUAUUUACACCAGAAAUCUUUUCGGCUAUCCAGGGUGUGUUUGCUAAUCGGGAAGAUAAAGGAUCUCUUCGUCGCUUGUCCAAUUAUGAGUCAUUUCAGUCAGCAACGAGGGCCCUACCUGCAGAUUUUGUGAGAUUGGACCAGGACAUUCUAUCUCCUUUGGCUGGAAAGAAACAAUUAUAUACCUAUGAAACCUUGGAUUUCUGGGAACAGAUCAAGACUCCUGGCAUGUCUUUGAAAUGUUCUGGGUUGUACCUUGCUCAAUUUCAGCAGAGUUCUUCCCAUAUUCUGGCUAGUGGGGAUGGUUCAAAGCAUGCUACAAUUGUAGGUGAUGUUUAUAUCCACCCGUCAGCUAAAGUGCAUUCGACCUCGAAGAUUGGUCCAAAUGUGUCAAUAUCAGCUAAUGUUCGCAUAGGACCCGGUGUAAGGCUUGUAAAUUGCAUCAUUUUGGAUGAUGUUGAGAUUCAGGAAAAUGCACUUGUUACACACGCUAUUAUUGGAUGGAAAUCCUCAGUUGGGAGAUGGUCACGAGUCCAGGCGGAUGGCGAUUACAACUCUAAGCUUGGGGUUACAAUCCUUGGAGAAUCUGUGACUGUAGAAGACGAAGUUGUGGUGAUUAACUGCAUUGUUCUUCCAAACAAGGUUCUAAACGUAAGCAUGCAAGAAGAGAUCAUUUUAUAGUUAUGCAAACGUUGUCUCAAAUCAUUGGGAGUCAGCAAAGAGUGCUGCUGUGUUAAUGCACUUGUUGUGAUUGUCGGAUGCUUUGGCUGAUGUACACGGCUUGAGAAAUGCAUACAGGAUCUAAUUUCUGAUAUACUGAUCAAAAACAGAAUCCCAUGUAUUUUUACAAUUAAGAAGAAUUCAAUAUUUUUGUUUUUUAACUGCA